GCUCCGCUAGGAUCACCAGCACAUUGUUGUGAUAGAGUGGGGUUACAGUAAUGGCCAGGUAGGAGAAUAUGUCGGAGAAUUGAAGGUUUGCAUACCAACACCGCAAAACAGCCUGCCAUUCUCCUUGCUGAAGCAAGUAUCAACUACUCAGCAAUCAAUCUUGUACGAGGCUUCAAUGCCACGAAUUAAAUUGUGACUUAGGGCUAACGGGGACGAAAAGAGGCUUAAGCACAGAAACCCUGCUAACGCCGAGUCGGAGCCGAGCGCAAAGUUUCGCGGUCCAGACAGCGUCGCAUGAGCUCAUUUUCUACAAGGAUCGCACGAAAAGAAAAAAGUCCCUAAUGUCGGAGAUCAAUCCUGGUAUUGACCUGUCUAAUUCAUAUGGCAAAAUCCUUUGCAUCCUGGAUACCCGCGGCGUCCAUUCCGAAAUGACUCGGGUUUAUUUAAGGCUAUUGAACCCUCUCCUUAUGGUUCGGUACCCCCAACUAUCCGCCGGUCCAACCAACGCAAAAUGCCCGCAACUUCUGCACACCCGUGGAAACUCCAGUCCCAAGAUCUUCCCUAUGCAUGGGAUAAUUUAAUUGGCGUAGAUGCCGAUGUGGCGCCGAUGUCUGCGUUUAAUACGAUCAUUGAGCCACUGCCCGCCAACCCUCAUCGACGACCGAAUUCUCAAGAUAUUCCCGAUUCUCCCUGCUACUUGUCACAAUGGUCUCCAUCUUCUGCAGACCUUCUCCCGUGGGAAGCGUACCAGAAUUGGGCAUCUCCGAAGCAUUCAUUCGCGGCGCCCAACCAGUUUGAGGACGUGCCCGUGCUACCGCCACUCAAGCAAGAUUCAAUACAGAACCCGUCGAAAAUUUCUUCUAGAACCCGCACAUUGCCCCCGCAAUCUCAUUGCUCAGCCUCGAGCUCAACCGUGGCCUCGUUAUCGCCGCCCCCAUCCUCUCCAUCUGGCUCACCCAGUUCUACUCCUCACGAAGGUCCAGCGCAUCCCUCAUCACGGCGCUCAGCACAUAACCGAAUUGAGAAACGCUACCGGGAGAACCUCAGUAAGAAUUUUGCUGCACUUGAGUCGUCUCUGCAAGGUUAUUACACGCGAGGGGUUGGAAGUGGCAGGCCCCGCUUCUACUGUCAAAGGAAGCACGCUUCUAAGAAGAUGGCAGCUCUGACCGAUGCCGUUAAUUAUAUUGGGGAGUUGGAGGCGGAGACAGUCAUGUUGAAAAAGAAGCUGGAGACAUUGCGGCAAGCGCUGCUACCGAAUGGAAUAUGGAAAUACACCCUGAACGAUGACUAAAACUUCGCUGUUGAGAGUUUCCGAUUCCACAGGGGAAUCAUUUUCUAUUGACGCACUCGUGCCUCGGCAAGUGUGGCUUUCUGUACAUAUCAUGUAGUGUAUUAAAUGUUAUCGAUCCUGGAUCAUGAUGAAUACUGCCUAAUUUCAAGCGGAUGCAGU